AUGUUAUUUUUGGACAAGGUACAAAUAAAUUUACGAAUUUCUCUCACCUCUCUUUAUCACCCGUUUUUCUCUUUCUCUCACCUCUCUUUAUCACCUGUUUUUCUCUUUCUCUCACCUCUCUUUAUCACCUGUUUUUCUCUUUCUCUCACCUUUCUGUCACUUUCUUUUCCCUGUCUCUCUUUCUCUCACCUCUCUUUAUCACCUUAUUUUCUUUUUCUCUCACCUUUCAUUCACUUUCUUUCCCCGUCUCUCUUUCUCUCACCUCUCUUUAUCACCUGUUUUUCUCUUUCUCUCACAUCUCUUUAUCACCUGUUUUUCUCUUUCUCUCACCUUUAUUUCACUUUCUUUUCCCUGUCUCUCUUUCUCUCACCUCUCUUUCACACCUGUUUUUCUCUUUCGCUUACCUUUAUUUCAUUUUCUUUCCCCUGUCUCUCUUUCUCUCACCUCUCUUUAUCACCUGUUUUUCUCUUUCUCUCGCCUUUCUUUCACUUUCUUUUCCCUGUCUCUCUUUCUCUCACCUCUCUUUAUCUUUCUCUCACUUGUCUUUCUCUUUCUCUUAACUGUCUAUUUUUUCUCACCUAUUUUUCUCUCACCUGUUUUGCAUUUUCUCUCACCUGUCUAUCAUACCUCACCUCUCUUUCUCUUUCUCUCAUGUCUCUUUCUCUUUCGCUCGUCUAUCUUUCUCUCACCUCUCUUCCUCUUAUCUGUCUCUCUAUUUCUAACACCCGUCUCUCUUAUUCUCUCGCCUCACUUUCUCUUUCUCUCAUCUGUUUUUCUCUUUCUCUCACCUGUCUCUGUUUCUCCCUCCUCUCUUUCUCUCAGCUGUUUCUAUCUUUCUAUCACCCAUCUUUCACUUUCUCUUUCGAUCGCCUGUCAGUCUUUCUCUCACCUACCUAUCUUUCUCUCACCUCUCUUUCUCUUCCUCCGAUCUGGUUUUCUCUUUCUCUCACCUCUUUUUCUCUCACCUCUUUUUCUCUCACCUGUCCCUCUCUUUCUGUCAACUCUCUCUCUUUCUCUCUUUAUCUAUCUCUUUCUCUCACCUGUCUUUCUCUCAACCCUCUUUCUCUCACCUGUCCCUCUCUUUCUGUCACCAUUCUCUCUCUUUCUCUCUUUCUCUCGACUGUCAGUCUUUCUCUAACCUACCUAUCUUUCUCUCACCUCUCUUUCUCUUCCUCCCACCUGGUAUCUCUUUCUAUCACCUCUCUUUCUCUCGCCUCUCUUUCUUUUUCUCUCACCUGUCUUUCUCUCAACUCUCUUUCUUUUUCUCUCACCUGUCUUUCUCUCACCUCUCUUUCUUUUUCUCUCACCUGUCUUUCUCUCAACUCUCUUUCUCUCAACUGUCCCUCUCUUUCUAUCACCCAUCUCUCUCUUUCUCUCUCUUUCUCUUGCCUGUCAGUCUUUCCCUCUCCUGCCUAUCUUUCUCUCACCUAUCUUUCUCUUUCUACCACCUGUUUUUCUCUUUCUCUCACCUGUCUCUUUCUCUCUAUCGUCUAUAUCUUUCUCUUACCUGUCUCACUCUUUCUAUCAUACCCCUCUCUCUCUUUGACUUACUUCUUUUUCUCUUUCUCUUACCUGUUUUUCUCUUUCUCUCACCUGUCCCUCUCUUUCUAUCACCCAUCUCUCUCUUUCUCUUUUCUUCGCCUGUCUGUUUUUCUCUCAAAUGCCUAUCUUUCUCUCACCUUUCUUUCUCACCUGUCUUUCUCGCAACUCUCUUUCUCUCACCUGUCCCUCUCUUUCUAUUACCCGUCUCUCUUUCUCUCACCUACCUAUCUUUCUCUCACCUCUCUUUCUUUUUCUCUCACCUGUCUUUCUCUCAACUCUCUUUCUCUCAACUGUCCCUCUCUUUCUAUCACCCGUCUCUCUCUUUCUCUUUCUUUCGCCUGUCAGUCUUUCUCUCACCUACCUAUCUUUCUCUCACCUACCUAUCUUUCUCUCACCCCUCUUUAUCUUCCCCCCACCUGGUUUUCUUUCACCUGUCUUUCUCGCAAUUCUCUUUCUCUCACCUGUCCCUCUCCUUCUAUUACCCGUCUCUCUUUCUCUCGCCUCUCUUUCUCUCGCCUCUCUUUCUCUUUCUCUCUCCUGUCUGUCUUUCUCUAUCCUGCCUAUCUUUCUCUCACCUCUCUUUCUCCCGCCUGUUUUUCUCUUUCUCUCACCUGUCUCUUUCUCUUUCUCCCGCCUGUUUUUCUCUUUCUCUCACCUGUCCCUCUCCUUCUAUUACCCGUCUCUCUCUUUCUCUCACCUCUCUUUCUCUUUCUCCCGCCUGUUUUUCUCUUUCUCUCACCUGUCUCUUUCUCUUUCUCCCGCCUGUUUUUCUCUUUCACCGGUCUCUUUCUCCACCCGUCUAUAUCUUUCUCUUACCUGUCUUACUCUUUCUAUCACCCGUCUCUCUCUUUCUCUCGCCUCUCUUUCUCUAACGUCUUUUUUUCUUGCUCUCGCUUUUUUUUUUCGCUUUCUCACUUUUCUAUAGGGGACUUUUUUUUACAACAGCUUUUUUUUCCUCGAUUUCGCUAUUUUGAAAAAGGGAACACAAGAAACAUGUGUAUCUGGUGUAAACUGGUAUUCAUAUGUCAGUGCGGGUCGGAAGUCCCUGCCAUCGAUAGCAGAGCUGCGGGAAAAUUGGCGUGUGUAGCCUCUUCCAGCCCAAAGCUAAUCAGUAAAUUAACCUAA